AUGCGGAUAGGAGCUUUAAGUUCAGUGCUGUCCGUUCUGGGGUUCUCAGCAUCACUUGUGACUGCCAAUAAUAACAGUCUGCCGACUAUUGAAAUCGAGGGCAAUGCUUUUUUCAACUCCGAGACGGGCGAGAGGUUCUACAUUCGUGGUGUAGACUACCAGCCUGGUGGAUCCUCCAAUUUGACAGAUCCCUUGGGUGACAUAGAGAUUUGUAAAAGAGAUGUACCCAAGUUCCAGGACUUGGGACUGAACGCCGUGCGAAUCUACACCGUUGACAAUACUCAAGACCACACUGAAUGUAUGCAAAUGCUUGCAAACGCCGGAAUCUAUGUAAUUCUCGACGUUAAUACCCCGGACAGUUCGAUCUCCAGAUCUGACCCCGGAUGCUCCUACAACGCAGAUUAUUUGCAGACAGUUUUCGCUACAGUAGACGCCUUCGCAAACUAUACCAAUGUGCUAGGAUUUUUCGCCGGGAACGAGGUCAUUAACGAUCAAACUAACACAGACACCGCUACCUAUGUGAAAGCGGUUGUCAGAGAUAUGAAGAAGUACAUGCGGGCCAGGAAGUACCGUCAGAUUCCUGUGGGUUACUCUGCAGCAGAUGUCACUGAAAACGUCUUGCUAGCGGCUCAUUAUUUCAACUGCGGCGACGAUGAUGAUGCUCGUAUCGAUAUGUUUGGGGUAAACGACUACUCUUGGUGCGGCCAAUCGUCGUUUCAAUUGUCAGGCUACUCCAUCAAAAUGAAGUCCUACAAAAAUUAUUCUAUUCCGAUUUUCCUCAGUGAAUUUGGGUGUACUAAGGUUACCCCAAGACCUUUUACGGAAAUCGGUGCUAUCUACUCGACGCAAAUGUCAUCUGUGUUUUCCGGAGGACUAGUCUACGAGUACUCGAAUGAAGCGAACAAUUACGGUUUGGUACAAAUCGAUGGUGAAGACUCAGUAACCACCCUCCAGGAUUACAAUAAUCUAAAAACUGAAUUUCAAAAUAAUCCUAAUCCAGAAGGGGAUGGUAACUACUCCAAAAACAAUAAUGUGUCCACAUGCCCCUCAUUCGAGUCCGGCACUUGGGAAGCCAAUAACACCUUACCGCCAAUGCCAAGUGCUGCAUCGGCUUUCUUUUCAAAAGGCGCAGGCCAACCCAUGGGCACAAAAUACCCAACGCAAUUUAGAUGUGGGGACGCAAACAUUAGCGAUUACUUCAGGGUUUCGAGCGGUUCAAGCAGCUCGAGCGUAUCCAAUUCCCAGUCCAGCUCGCAGUCCUCUUCAUCGUCUGCAUCAUCACAAAGCUCUUCCACGUCCACCAGUGCUUCUCGAUCUUCUUCUGCCACUAGCUCUUCCAAGAGCUCAUCCAAAUCGAAGGGCAGUGCGGUGAUUGCCGUUCAAGUUCCAACAGUGUUCCGCGCCUUCUUGCAUGUUUGGAACUAUGUUUUGUAA